AUGUCCAUCUCCCUAGAGCACGCAGGCAAGCAGGUCGUCCCUUUGUGGUGCAACGGCGAAAACUGCACCAUACGCCCCGACAAUCUUUUUGAAGUAGUCCACGCCGCCGACGGCACGGUCGCGCACUACGCGCAAAGCGCAACCGUGGCCGACGCGCAAGCCGCCGUCGAAGCCGCUCGGGAUGCCUUCCCGGCUUGGAGUACAACCUCGAUCCCAGCACGCCGAGCGAUUCUCCUCAAAGUGGCCGACCUGCUCACCGAGCGUGCCGACGAAUUGGGCGUAAUGCAAGCGCGCGAAACCUCCAGCGCGCCCCCGUUCGGCAGCUACCUUGCCAAGGUGGCGAGCGCCAACAUCCGUGAGGUUGCAUCCCAGAUCACGACGGCGUGCACCGGCAGCCUGCCACCCGACGACGAUAAUCAGGGCACCACCAUCAUGGUCACGAAGCAGGCAAUCGGCCCCGUGCUCAUCAUCUCGCCGUGGAACAGCCCGACCGUGCUGGGUCCGCGGAGCGUCGCCGCCGCCCUCGCCGCCGGCUGCACCGUCGUCCUCAAGGCGUCCGAGCUCUGCCCGCAGACGUAUCGCAUGCUGUGCCAGGUGUUUGCCGACGCCGGCCUGCCCCGCGGCGUGCUGAACCAGGUUGUCGUCCGGCGCGAGGAUGCGGCGGCGGUGACCGAGUCCAUCGUCUCGCUCCCGGCCGUCCGCAAGGUCGAGUUCAUUGGCAGCGCCGCGGUCGGGAGCCAGGUCGCGCAGACCUGCGCCCAGCAUCUGAAGCCGAUUCUUCUCGAGCUGGGCGGCAAGGCGCCUGCCAUCGUCUGCGGCGAUGCAAACCUCGCCAAGGCGGCGGCGGCGUGCGCGUUUGGCGCCUUUGCCCAUCAUGGGCAGAUCUGCAUGUCCACGGAACGCAUCAUCGUCGUUGAAGCAGUCGCAGAAGAGUUCUGCAAGCUUCUCAAAAAGGAAGUGGAUAGUGAGAAAUGGAGCCGUGGCGGCGGAUCGGCUGCGACGACGGCCUUUGCCGACAAGGCACACGCACUCCUUGAGGAAGCGUUGCGCGACGGCGCCGAGUACUUUGUCGGCGAUAACACGUACCUCAAUAAGGCGAGAACCAGUUUGCGCCCCACGAUCGUGACCAAGCUGGCUCGUGGCUCGCGGCUGCGCGACCUGGAAUCGUUUGGGCCGUCGGCGACGCUGUACGUGGUGCGGGACGAAGACGAGGCACUCGAGGUCGCCAACGACUCCUCGUACGGGCUUUCGGGCGCGAUUUGGACCAGUGACAUUAUCAAGGGAAUUGCUUUGAGUAAAAGGCUGGAGUGCGGAAUGGUGCACAUCAAUGCCGGGACCAUGGCAGACUUUCCAACGAUGGCGAUCCAGGGGGUCAAGGGCAGCGGAUGGGGGAGCAACAACAGCGUGUACGGCAUUGAAGAAUUCUUGAUCACAAAGAGCGUGACGCUACAGGGGUAG